UUUGCCCGAGAUAAGAUGAUCAUCAUGGGCAAAUUCAAACAGAAUUCCUCCACUGACACAGAGCCUAAAGUGAAAAUUGGAGUUCUGAAGGAAGAAACUUUAAAUUAUUAUCGACGUGUUUCGCAGUCACUUGAUGGCGGCUUUGAUAACGAGGAAGAUAAAAAUUUAUUUGUCAACAAUGUUGUAUCACAGUUAAAUGAGGAGGCCAUCAGUGUCGCUCAGAACCAGACAGCCAGCAGAAUUAUAGAAGAUCUUAUCACUCUGUGUGACAAGGACCAAGUCCGAUGCCUGAUUACAGCCUUUAGCCAAGACUGGUACACUGUCUGUACAGACAGAUUUGCCAGCCAUGUGUUGCAGAAACUACUGAUGACAUUACCAGGGUACCUCUCAAAAUCAGGGGAGAGCACUCUGAGAGACAAAGACAACAACAAAGAUGAGAAGACUCUCGAACAAUUGCUUCUGUUGUUGUGUGAUUUUGUUGAAGAACACAUAGAACAGUUUGUGAGCCACAUGUAUGCUAGUCACAUUGUCAGGGUUUUGUUAGAAGUGGUGGGCGGAGUCAGUGUGGAGGAGAAAUUAGUGCGCAGUAAACUAUCCAGAGGUCAAAAUAAAGAGCAAAAGGAGAUGUUUAAACCCUGUGACAUGCCUGAACCAGUCAAAGAGAAGUUAUCCACCCUGACAGAUAAUAUCAUGAGCCUUAAUAAUUUGGAAGGCUGCCUUACAGAGACCUUGUCCACAACUGUGAUCCAGACAUUAUUGCUGGUGUUACACAGAAGAAAUCCACAGCUGUGUCAGGAGCACUGUCAGAAAAUCCUGCAGGUGUCCAGCCUGCUGUCUGAUACAUCUGCUGAAGAUACAGAGGAUUCUGGGCUGCCUCCUUUGGUUCAGAAUGUCUCCGGCUCAUACUUGAUGGAGCAGUUACUUGCUCUUAGUUCUGAAACAGUUCACCAGGAGAUGAUGACAAAGCUGUUUCAGGGCAAAGCUCUUCUCUUUGCCGUUGACCCACAGGCCAACUUUGUUCUUCAGAAAGUCUUUACCACUAUUAAGGAUUCCAAUCAGUUUAAGGUUUUAUUCAAGGAAUUGUCUCAUCAUAUUGAAGACAUCUUAGCUAUUCAUCAUUUGGGGGUGAUUAGCAAAGUGGCAGAAACUUGCCAACGAUUGGCGUGUUGUCAGGACAAAUUUGUGAAGCACCUUCAGAAAGCUUUUCAUUGUUAUAAACCAGAGGAAAGGCGAAAAUCAAUUGUACCUCUUCUCUCCUCACUCUCCACAUAUGAAGUGCUUUAUAAUACAGACAGCCCAAAAGGUGGGAAAAUGUCAGAAUCCAGUAUUGAAAAGCCAGCACCGUUGAAGCCACCCCUGAGCCAGGUGAACUUGCACGGCUCAGUGAUCCUCCAACAUAUGUUACGGUUCGAGGACCCCAGUCCCGCAGUGGACAGCCUGCUAAGUUUAGACCCUGUACAGUUAGUACAGCUGGCCUGUAACCCCUGCGGCAGCCACAUUGUGGACACUUUCUACAAGAGCUCCAGUGUCUCUGGCAAUUGCAAAGAGCAGAUGAUACAGAGACUGAAGGGCUGUUACCUGGAGUUGGCGUGCAGUAAGAAUGGCAGUCGGGCAUUACAGACGAUAUGGGACUGCUCAUCUCUGAAACAGAAGACUGGCCUGGCAGAAGAACUCUCGAAACACGAGUCCAAGUUGCAAGGCGACCAGUUUGGCAGAUUCAUGCAUCGGAACUUUGCCAUUUAUCAUUUCAUUCAUAGACGGAAGGAUUGGCGAGAACUUCAAGGAGCAAAGAUAAAAAAAACGCAAAAUGUUUGAAGACCUGUUGCAAGAAUCUCGCCCUGGCCCCAAAAAACACCAGAAAGAAAAAGGAAGUGGAAGUACAUCACUGAGGGUCACUGACCAGUAUGAAGAAGAUUCUGCGUUUGAUAUCGGUGAUAAGUUCACAGUGAAGACCAAGAAACUGGAUGACAAGAAUUCGGGAGGAAAGUGGAACAAGGCCAGUGGGAAUAGGAACAGGCCUAACGGAAAAUGGCAGCAGCAACAACAACAAAAAUCACAUAAACAGUUUGCUAAAAAGAAGAGGAAGUUUAGGAAGUGACCCUUGUUAGUAGAAAUGUUUUCUUGAGCACAUUACACUGUGACUAAUAGAGAAAUGUAAACAAGUUGUUGGAAGCGUUCGGAAAAAUGGAUCUUUCCAUGUCCUGUUUCUUUACUAUGUGGUGUAUACCCGAUGCAUUGCUGUACAGGUCAAAUGACAAUAAAUGUAUUUC